AUGUCGACAAUAGCGCAAUCAGUUCAAGUACACAUUGAUCCAACAGAAGAUGAAGAUACUGAUGGAGUUGACAUUGGUAAAAAACACAAGCUUGGACAUUUACGUGUUGACAUGCAAGGAAAUGUUACAUUUAAACGGCUACCUAUAACACAACUUGUUGAAGCAUUACAAUUAGGCAUACAAUAUACGGUUGGUGGCCUUCAAGCAAAAGCUGCACAUGAUGUACUUUAUCAGGAUUUUCUUACUGUUGAAAUAAUACAUUUUCCGAAAGAGGGAACUAAAACAACACCUGCACAUCAUUUCAAUGAUUUUACCAUACGUUCGUAUGCUCCUGUCGCAUUUCGACAUUUUAGAGAAUUAUUUAAUAUAAAGCCAGAUGAAUUUUUAUAUUCUAUAUGCAAGCCUUUAAGGGAAUUAAAAAAUCCAGGUGCAAGUGGAAGUUUAUUUUAUUUAACAUCAGAUGAUGAAUUUAUUUUAAAAACAGUACAGAAGAAGGAGGCCGAAUUUUUGAAAUGUCUCCUUCCCGGUUAUUAUAUGAAUGUUACACAAAAUCCGCGUACUUUACUGCCGAAAUUUUUUGGCCUUUAUUGCUAUCAGGGUGAUAAUAAAAAUAUUCGCAUAACUGUAAUGAACAAUUUAAUUCCGUCUUAUCUACAAAUGCACGAAACCUAUGACCUCAAGGGUUCAACAUAUAAACGUCGAGCUAAUAGUGCAGAACGUCGUAAAGAUUCUCCAACAUGGAAAGAUUUAGAUUUUAUGGAACGACAUCCCGACGGUUUAUUACUUGACGUUGAAACCUAUAAUGCUCUUGCCAAAACUGUUCAACGAGAUUGUCGAGUACUCGAAAGCUUUCGUAUCAUGGACUAUUCAUUUUUAAUUGGCGUUCAUCAUGUUGAUGCGUCGGCAGAAUCUGGAGGAGAUCGUGCAGCUGCAAAUUUAUUGCUUACACCUAGCGAACAAACAUCUGUACAACCAAAACGAAUGAUGUAUUCAACUCCAAUGGAUACUAUUCAAGUUGAAUUUGAUGAACAUAACAAACCUGAUGAUCAUCUAGUCAAGAGUGGUGGUAUUCCAGCUCGAACUGCUCAAGGUCAACGACUAUUACUUUAUGUUGGUAUAAUUGAUAUCUUACAAUCUUAUCAUAUACGUAAAAAAUUAGAACAUACAUUUAAAUCCGUUCUUACUGAUGGGAAUCAAAUAUCAGUAACAAAUCCAAGUUUUUAUUCAGAAAGAUUUCAAAAAUUUCUCUUUUCAACUGUGUUUAAAAAAGCACCACCUCUACGAGAAUCACCCGUUAAACGCCGAUCAAGAUUAUCAAAAAUGCUUCAAACACCCGAACCAGACAAAGAAAUAAUACACACGCCAACCAUCAUGAAAAAUACUCGAGAUGGUGCAAAUACAUCACCUAUUGCAAGACGCUCAUUUGAGAUAACUCCAUUUCAUUUACAUCAAUCAGCUGCUAGUUCACCAAAGCCAACAGCAAAUGCAAAAGCUUAUCGUAAUAAUAUGCCUCUCUAUGCAAGUCCAACUUCCAGCACAGGAACUCGAGUAGCAAAUAGUUAUAUAACGUCCUAUUGCUCCUCGUCGCCAUCGGCACGCACGAAUACAUUUAUGCGUAGACCAGAUAGUGAGAAUAAUAAACAUGAUAGUUCAACAACAAUUUAUUCAAGUUCACAUCAAUCAGAUUCUUUAUAUAAUGAACCAACAAAACGACAUGCAGCUAAAAUUGUAACAACAUCAUUUAAUCAUCGAAUGAAAACAAUGCAUAGUCCAUCGUACAAUCGAAAGGCUACGCGAACAUCAUCGGUUCAUCAAGACAAUGAUGGUCAAGUACCGCGUCAGAUUUUAUUACCUAUCGGUGGCGGUAUUGUAGGAAAAUUAGCUUCAUCAGCGACGAAUUUAUCUUACCAUGACAGUUGCCUGCACCCUUCACCAAAACAGCGUCGUAAUCCAUCAGGAAGUGUCAUUAAUGAUGAAAUGACUGACCCCUAUAUUAUUCGGACUCGACUUUGA